CUGCUGCCUCUGACUCCAGGAAAGAAGACCCUGGACCACCUGCUGCCUCUGACUCCAGGAAAGAAGACCCUGGACCACCUGCUGCCUCUGACUCCAGGAAAGAAGACCCUGGACCUCCUGCUGCCUCUGACUCAAGGAAAGAAGACCCUGGACCUCCUGCUGCCUCUGACUCAAGGAAAGAAGACCCUGGACCUCCUGCUGCCUCUGACUCAAGGAAAGAAGACCCUGGACCUCCUGCUGCCUCUGACCUUACAUCUCACCAUCCAGUCCUGGAAUCACAAAAAUCUGGAUCCACUUCCCUGGAUAUGGAGAUUGAUAAGUGGAGUGCUACCAGCGUUAGAGAAUCAGCUGACUCGGAUCAAGAGGAUGUGCUUUCCAUUUUAACAAGUGCCUCCAGUCUCUUCGGCAGUAAAUCAAGUCGUGAAGAAGAUGGAUUGUCUGACAGUGAUGACCCAAGGGAUUUUGAUGAAGGUGCAGGGGAUGACACAAGGGACAGUUUUUUUUCAGACACCAAGAAAUUAGAAGUGGAUGCCCAUGAUAACAAUGAGGCUCACAAAGAGUCUUCUGGAUAUAACCAUAGCUCUGAUGAGCUGGAAGUAGGUCCAGGAUCAAGUGAUCCUGAUGUGGAAAGUCUCCAUUCUGAGUCCUCUGUUAUUAAUCGUAUCAUGGAGGACGAUGCAAGAUGCAGCUUAACUGAUGAACUGGAGAAUGACAUCUCUACAAAAGAAGAAAUGCAUAAAGGUAUUGACAGUGAAGCCCAUGCCAAGGUGUCCAGAGAUGAUGAGCAAGAGGAUAAACCAACUCCCUUGCCAAGCCAUUUCCAAUUCGUACAAUGUAAAAGUCCUCUCGAGGAGUGCACAGAAAAAGAACAAUGUUUACAAAACAGUGUUGUUUUAUUUGAUAAGUUUUCAUGUCAAAACAAACCCAUCCAGAAACAAGUGACUACCUCAUACCCGAAGAGGUUGUCAGUUAAGGAAAGUUCAAGGGAUUAUAAGGAACUUGAAAAGAAAUCCAAUUGUGAUCCUAUUAAGUUCCAUGAGCCAACCAAAAAUGAAAAUGUCCUGCUAUUCCCCAGGCAGAUGAUAGCAGCUUCAGCACCAAUACCACCAAAAAAUUGUAAGGCACCCAAUGAAGGAGGAAUGUUGCUUCCAGUCAGGCAAAUAAUGGCUUCCCCAGUACAAUCACCACUUGGAAUUAGCAAGUUAUCCAGCGUAGAGAGAAUGCUGCUACCUAUUGACCCAGCACUGGAAUCCCUUACAGCACCACCACCACCACCACAACCCAUUGGUAGCAAGAAAAUACACAUCCCUCGACCUGUACUGUCUCAACACCUUGGUGUCUGUUUUGUGUUCAUGAACAGAGGCAGUUGCAGUCGCUCUGAGUGCAGCUUCAUCCACAAGAUAACAAUGGAGUGUGAGAAGUACCUUGGGGUACUGAUCCUGCAUCAUGUAACAGAGGAACAUGAGGCACAGGCAUGGAACCUCCUGGAAACCCAUCUUAACAACUGUGGCUACCCUUUACCUUUGGCUGUCACUCUCUUGCUACCCCUUGCCCAAUACCUAGUAAAAUACAGCCACAACAGACACUGUUCCAACAUCAGGGUGCCAAGUUCCUUCACCCUCCCUCUGGACAUAGCCAAGGUGAGGGCUCUGUGUGAUACUCAGCAGUCCAAGACUGCCUUAAAGCUGAUCUGUACUUACCUCAACUCCUCAGUAAGACCAGAGGCUCUCCAGCUCCUUCUCAACAUAUUUGUAAAGUUUUGUGAAAGUCAUUUUAAAGAAGAGCUGCUGAGCCCAUGGGAAAAGGUGACUUUGUGGAAGCUGGAGGGCAGUGAGUGUGAUGCUAAGUUGCAGGACUUGUUGAACAUGGAGUGGCUCAGAAUUCACAUGCAGGAUGAAAAUGCCAAUAAGGUAUGGGAUGUGUACAGGCACCUGACUCAGUCUAUGAGUUCCCCCAGUUCAUUCUUCACAAACAUCACUUGUCAAGUUAUCAAUUUCUUCAAUCAUCAAGGACAGCUACAAGAGAGCUUCCGUGUAUUGGAGGAAGUGCGGCGAUUGCGAGCCAACAGUAAUUUGAUCUUCACGGCUCUCUUCCCUAUCAACAGGAAAGUUGUUCCAGCUGUUGCUGAGGGCCUGAAGGAACUGAGCCAGCUGGUUUGUGAGCUGCGUGUGCCCAUGUCGCAGAGGAGGUGGACCCAGUUGCAGAUUUACAUGAUGGACAUUGGAGAUUUGUAUCAAGCAAUUAACCUGAUCUCUGUGCAGAUCAGUUUUAUGACACCAAAAGCGCACAUCUUAAAGCGGCUACUAGAGGAGUGCCUUAAGGGGAGCCCCAUUCUUUUGAAACCCUUAUGCAACUUGGUGUGCUUGCUCCCUACGGAAGUGCUGGUGUCAUUGCAACCUUCACUGAGUGACAUGAUGAACGCCACUGUCUGGGCUAAACCUUCAGUCCGUCACAUUCAGUUCUCAAUUAUUCAACACUGCAGGAAAUCUGGGAUUAAUUUGAAUCCUUCACAAGCUCCAGUAGUAUCUAAGGUGGUAAAUGAGGCUGAACCAGGCCAAGCUAUUUCUAAUAUACCCCCAUUAGAAUGUAACUCCAUGAAGAGACCUGAUAGCAACAAAAACAGCAGUGACAAUAGUAUUAGAAACCGAAGCAACAACACCAGCUGCAGCUGCAAUAACAAGAGCAAUAAUAACAACAGCAACAGUGCCAAUAACAUUAGUGACAGCACCAGCAGUGAGAUCAUAAUGGGGAAUCUGCAGACCAGUACUUCUUUAGUAGGGUCAAUGAACAUUAAGAAUGAAAAAAGGAUACAUGAAGUUCAGGGUAAUGAUCAUCUGAAAGGUAUAGCAAAUGAUGAUGAGCCAGUCCAGAGUGUGGUGACUGAUGGUGCACCGUCAACCAUGCUUGAACUGACUGAGUUGCCCCUGCCACCAAGCCCCACUUCCCUUCCUCCAUCAGGUUUAGCAGAACCAUUAGGUAAUCAUGAUCCACCCAUGCAGCCUAAGGCAAAAAGCAUAGUCCUUAUCAGACCAGUUUUAUCUAAUAAACGGGCAACCACUGGAAGAGAACUUCAACACCCUCAACAGUCAGUGGUAGAAAACUCAAGUUAUCAGCAACCCUCCUUGGGGUCGUCUUGCAACUCUGACACAAAAGACAAAACUUUUAUAAAUAUUGACCACGGGAAGUAUACAUUUGAUUUGAAAGGUCUCUUGUUGACCCCAGAAUCCACAGGUACUUCUGUUAAACUAGGUCAUGAAAACAAAAAAAGGGGACAGGAUUCUGGCACAAGCAGGAGUGUAUUGGAACCUAAAUCACUCUAUUCCGUGUAUUACCCUGGCUCUGAUAUCACUGGGCAGGGUGCCCCCUCUAUCCCCUUGUGCACAAAGCAGGAGCUAGAUUCAGAGUCAACUAGUAAGAAGGUCAGCAAUCUUGAGAAGGUUGCACAUAACUUGCUAGAGGCUUCAGGAGAGGAUAGCAAAUUGGGAGGAGUUGAAGUUCCACAGUUUCGUAUAACAAGGAAAAGAAAUAAUAGAUUCCCAAAAAUAUCCUCAACUCAGUAUAUUGGAAAUGGUGGCCAAAAUGUAAAUCAGAGACCAGAAUUAAACUUGCCUCCGUUUGAUUCAACUACUUAUAUGGACAUGGAAGAUGAUUCAGGGUUUGGUAAACCCCAAAAUUUUUCUCAGGAGUCUGAAAAAGUUUUUAAAACUUCAUCCAGUAUGACUGAUCCUCUCCAGAAGGAACAACUUGACCAUUAUAGAAGAACAAGAAAUAUGAGAGCUCAGCAGACUAAUAGAUCUUGGAAGAGUCUGCAGGAAUAUGAGCAAAGUCAGUUCCCUGCUCAGUUUACUCAUAUGUCAUCUAUUUCUUGCAACACACAACACCACCAGUGGUUUCAACAAGAUAAUGAUGGGGCAUUGAAUCAUCCCAGUCAUCCAUCCCCCACUCAAGCCUCUUCAUCUUCCAUGUGUUCAGAGUUUUCUGAUCCUUACAUGCAUAGCAGCCCAGCCUCUCAUCAGUCUUCCAGAAUAAGUUUGAGGAAUGACGAAUAUGGUCAUCUGGAUGCUGGAAGCAGCCUUGUGGGAGAGAGUGUGUCUGUGCUACAUGAAAUUGCUGCCAUGAAUAGCCGGGAAGAGAAGAAACAGAAGCUCACAGAAGUUGCUGCUGCUCUGACGGAUGGCAACAACAUCUUCUCCUCGGGCACUAGAAUCACUGCCAUUGUGAAAGCUUACGGGAGUGUAGCCUUGAGUGCUGAAGAGAAAGAAGUGGUGGGAGCCUUAGCAUUAAAAAUCAUGAAGGAAUGCAUAUGGCACAAAAUCUACAGGGAGGCAGAACUGGUCAUUGUGACCCUACAUCAACAGAGGUUUUCCUUCUUCAACAGCUUGGCUGUGAUGAAUGGGGAAAGCUAUUCUGAGCAGCAGCUGGCUAUCAUGGCCCUCAGAGUGCUCCACUACAUGGCAAACCACAAGCUCUUCAUUAGCAUUCUAGAAGAUACUUGCUGGUCUGGGAACAUGGAUGAUGUGAGGACACGGCUGGAGCUUCUGUCUGAGGUGCUGGAGCAGCUAUUUGAUUCUGAACCCAGCCAGAUUAUCUUAUGGUGCAGUGGAAGGGUCCUUGCUUCCUUGGUUACCUACUAUCACCAAGACCUUCGUAUACUUCCCAAUUACCACUUCUUCAUUGAUCUACCAAGUCUACUUGAGGCAGCAUGGAAUAGGGGUGAAGCUUGUGGAGAUGUUGAAGUAAUGGAGCAGUUUACUGUGACCCUGAGUACUGCACAGCGUCUGGGCCUCCCUUUCUCCCAGCAUUUCCUGUGCAGGCUGAGGCAGAAAGGUGUCAUAGUAGACAAUGUAGAUACAUUAGUUCCAACAGAGAAUCUGCAUAGGCCACUCCAGCCACAGAUGAAUCAAAGAGGUCCUGUCAGUCAGUGGGAGGUUAAUGUGAGCAGAUUACCAAGAGGCAUCGAAAGAAAUAUGAGAAGAAAAAGAGGGGCUUUCAGAGGAUUUUCAAGAAAUGCCUGUAAGCGAGGAAAAUGGUGUGGUCAGAUCGCAUUCAGAGGGAAAUAAGUUGAUUAAGCAUAUAAAUCUGCUGCAAUUAACAGUACUUAAUAUGCUCAAUAGAAAACACAAAUCACCUCAUAAUUAAGUUGUAUAGUACGGUCAGCUCUGGUAAAUUUCAUUAUGUGAGGUAUCAGUACUUACAAUGGAGCGUUCACAUAAAUUGUUAUAUUCGAAGAUGUUAGAUAUAUGACCAUGAAUUUGUAUUGUUUACAUAGAAAAACUUGCAAUUUUAUUUGGUUCAAGUUGCUGGGUACUUGAAUAUGUUUUUAGAGCUGAGAAAAAAGAGCUGAUGUAUUUUUCAUAUUUUUUUAUUUAACUAGAAUUCAGUUUUCUGUACAUUUAAAUAAUUGCCUUUGUUACAUAAUUUCAAUGUUCAUUUAUGUAACAGUGAUAAACAUGUGUUUAAGUUAAAUCAUUGUAAGGCCAGCUGCAACCCCGUAAGUCAUUGGGUUGUCAGUAUGAAGUAUUUAAUUGAAAACCUACUUUUAGUUAGUUUGGUUUCAAGAGUAGAGGGUAUUUUUCUUUUGUGAAUCUACUAGGUAAUUGUUCACUUGGUCAGUAGAUAAGCUAUUACACCUGACCUCCCCUUAUUCAUGGGUUCAUUCUUUGUGUCUUCCCAAAAAUGCAUAAAGGUGGCCUCAAAGGAGAUUUUGCAGUGCCACUCCAAACAUUCAUGGUCAGCCCAAGGACAGUUUGGACAUUCUUAAGGAAAGGAUGAUAUAUACAUGCAAAAAGCAGCAUAGAAUAUCAUUAGUAUCAUUAUUCAUCUGCUAUACAGACUGACUAUACUGUAGGUUACGGAAACUUCUUGCAAAUGCUUAAUUUUUAAAAUCUUUUUUAACUGUAACAUUUCAUGCUAAUUAUUUACUACUAAAGACUUUUUUCUGUAAAAAUCUGGUGAUGAAAAUAUGAAAUGUGUACAAACACUGGAGCAUAAUUGCAACCACCUGUUCAGCUGAUAAAACAAAAAACUAACAGGUCAUGGUGGUAGGGCUGGGGAGGCACUGGUACAGUCAUUAUCGGCUAAAUAAGAAGAGUGCAAUAUUCUGUAUUCUUGAUACUAUUCAUACACACACAUGUAGGUAUGUAUGAUGACCCAUCAGUGCCCACCAGUACAGGUACUGAGUGGUUCGAUACCAUUACUGUGUUGUAUAGCUGGUACUGUGAGUACCAAUACUAGUAUAUUACCUGCCCUACCCUACUGACAGGACCUGUUUGUUUUAUGUUUAUCAUCUGAACAACUGUUAGCAGUUAUGAUCCAGUGUUUAUACAAACAUUCACAGGGAUCCAUGUUCCUUAACGCAGAGAAUGAGAGGGGACAGGUGUAUUAAUUUUAAAAUUAUCAAAAAACUAAUUGGAGUAAUGCUAUGAACACUGGUAAAACUACAUAACCUACCCUCAUGAUGGUAAAACUACAUAACCUACCCUCAUGAUGGUAAAACUACAUAACCUACCCUCAUGAUGGUAAAACUACAUAACCUACCCUCAUGAUUGGUAGACAAAGUAACAUAUGAAACUGUUGAUUUCAUGUGAUAUAAGCAUUCAGUGUCUAGUAAUAGGUAUUAAUAUUUACCAUUGAUUCACACUUAUGGUAGUCAUUUAAUGGCUUUUACCUAAAGUGAUUGCCCAUGGUUGAUUUCAACUUUUCUCUCCAGCUUUUGCAUUUCACAGUUAUCAAGAACUCCUUUACAUUGCCUCAUCAAACUGAAUUUUUAAUGGCUUUUUUGCAAAAGCUUGGGAGUGCCUUGCAGACAAGUGAGAAAAAGACAUAGCAGGCAGAUUGUGUAUAUCCUGCCCUCAUAUUGCUGCAUCCAUUUCAGUAAUCACAAAUAGGAUAACAGUGGUCGUGAUUUAUCACACUGACGAAGGAAACCGUUCACAAACAUAAAGAAUCAUACUAAUGGAAAUAGAGCUCAGGUUAAUAGAGAAAUAUGAUAAUUCAAUGAGAGAGUACAGUAUCUGUAAAUCAAAAAUGAGAGAAGGGUGAGCAGAGAAAACUGAGUGGGGUUCUUGAUCAUGCACUUAAAUGUGUAUGUCUGUUACAUGUGCACAUGCAUGCACACACACAUAGGAGGAACAAGGAUCCAUUAUAAAUGAGUUUGAUGCUAUAUUUGUAACAUUCCCAAGGAUAUUCAACUUAGGUUAUUGGUAGUGCAACUAAAUCCCUCCACAUUUAAUGAACACAGAAUAUACUUAUGUAUAUGGUGGAAAUUGUUGAUAUACGAGUUGAGAUCAAUAAUUUGAAUUAUUACUAAUACAAUGUUUGAUAAAAGGAACCUAUUUUUGCAAUGCAGUUUGGUAAUUGUCAUUUGAAUUUUACUUUUAUUUCCAGUUAAUAGAUUUCUAUUCUUUUCCAAUAAAAUAGGUUUCAUU